CGGCGAGCGGUGCGGGGCGGUCCCCAGAUCCCGACCCGGACGCGGGUCCCCCGCGAUCGCCGGGGCGCGGCCGACUCCCUCCGCGAGCCCCGGAACCAAGACCCCCGCCGCGCCGCCGCCAUGUACGACCCCGAGCGCGGAUGGAGCCUGUCCUUCUCGGGAUGCGGCUUCCUGGGCUUCUACCACAUCGGGGCGACCCGCUGCCUGAGCGAGCACGCCCCGCACCUCAUCCGCGACGCGCGCAUGCUGUUCGGCUCCUCGGCCGGGGCGCUGCACGCCGUCGUCUUUCUCUCCGGGAUCUCCCUGGACCUCCUCAUGCAGAUCCUUGUGGACAUUGUCCAGAGCGCCAGGAGCCGGAACAUUGGCACCCUCCACCCCUCCUUCAACUUGGGCAGGCACAUCCAAAAAAGUCUUCAGCGACACCUCCCAGACAACAUCCACAGGCUCAUCUCUGGCAAAAUGUGCAUUUCGCUCACCAGGGUGUCCGAUGGGGAAAACGUGCUGGUGUCUGAUUUUCAGUCCAAAGAUGAAGUUGUGGACGCCUUGCUCUGUUCCAGCUUCAUCCCUUUCUUCUGCGGCAUAAUCCCUCCUUCCUUCAGAGGCGUGCGAUACAUGGAUGGAGGAGCAAGUGACAAUGUCCCCUUCUUUGAUGCCAAAACGACCAUCACUGUGUCCCCCUUCUAUGGGGAGUAUGACAUCUGCCCUAAAGUCAUGUCGACGAACUUUCUUCACGUGGACCUAACCAAGCUCAGUUUGCGCCUCUGCUCUGAGAAUGCCUACCUACUAAUGCGAGCACUGUUCCCUCCGGAUCUCAAGGUGCUUGGCGAGAUAUGCCUUCGCGGGUACUUAGACGCCUUGAGGUUCUUGGAGGAGAACGGCAUCUGCAACAGGCCCCAUCCAUGCCUGAAUUUACCCUCCGAGGAGUUGAAGAUCCUUAAAUUCACCUGGGGACACAGGAGCCUGGAAUCUCCCCCGAGGGCGGCUGCAGGGCGGAUGAAGCCUAAGGGAGACGAGCUGCUGGACCACCUGCGUCUCAGCAUCCUGCCCUGGGAUGAGAGCAUCUUGGACACACUGUCGCCCAAGCUCACGGCAGCACUGAGUAAAGCAGUUAAAAACCAACGUGGAUACAUGAGCAAGAUUUGCAACUUCUUACCGAUUAAGGUAAUGUCAUACAUGGUGCUUCCUUGCACACUGCCCGUGGAGUCUGCCAUCGCCGUGGUCCAGAGACUGGUGAUGUGGCUUCCAGAUAUGCCUGAGGACAUCCGGUGGCUGCAGUGGCUCACCUCGAGUGUGUGUUCUCAAGUGAUGACACAGCUCUUCCCCAUCUCCAGAUCCCAGACACCAGCAAGCGGCCAACAGCCUUCCCCGAGGGACAUGAAGGCACUGCUACCUUCCCUGCUGUCCAAUAGGGGCCGGAGCUGAGGCUGCUCGGCAAACCUGUCCUCCUGUCUGGCCUGGCUUUUGGGGGCUGGGGCUGGGAGGGACUCCUCCUUUCCCAGUCCUCGUGCUGAAGCGUUCAUGAGGAGACAAGUUUCGGACAUUCUUUCGCAGGUACUUCCCGAUCGCUCUGUAGCUACGUCCGCACUGGCAUUCAAUGCCCCGAUGUCUGUGACACAUGGGGUCCUGCCUCCGUGCUGAAUUUAUGGUUUACUGAAACCAAAGGCAAUCUAAUGUUUUUAGGAAAAGCUAGGAAGCUACUUUUGGUGUAUGUGGUGGUCUAGAGCUUAAGGAAGUCUAACAUUUAAGCAUCUGGGUCUGUUAGCUUUGUUGGCUGGGAAAUGACACCAGGAAGCCCAGGAUGGAGGGGCCACUGCCAACUGUCUUGCCGCCCUCCCAGUGCAAUGUUCCUAGAAUAGCCUGUGUUGUGAUGGGUUGGAGGUGGGUGGGGGUACUUAUGGCUGGGGGUUGGGCUGCCCUUUGUGCAGUCUUGGGGUUUGGAAGGAAGAGUAACGUGAUCCUGUUUCCCCAGACAGGAAGUGGUCAGUGGCGUGGGAGGGGGUGGUAGCCUUCUCCGACGAGGGCACUGACGCUCGUGGGCCAUUAAAAGAUGCUCAGUUAUUUACAUUUUUGGAACACUUUUUUUGACCUAGCUUAAAUAUUUGAUAGAGUUUUGUAUAAAAUAUAAAGGAGUCUUAUUAUCUGUUGCAUUGUAUGUGAAUUUAGGGAGGUAUUAAGAAGCCUGAUGAAAAAAUAGAAUUCAGUGCACAGAGAGGCAUCCUGGGCGCCCAGGCAGUAGCCCAGCACAACAGAAGGGCUUGUGGCCUGCACCCCUUUUGUCUCAACAUCCCCUGCCCACUUCUGUACUCCCAGAGCCUUAGUGGAGACAAGCAAGAGACGGGGACCUACCUUCUCCCCAGGUGUGAUUCGUUGGCAAGCACAGAGUAAAGUGACUGCAGGUGAACUGUGCUGUUUUUCUUAUUUAUGCAUUUGAGUAUAAUCAAAAGGAAGCAGUGAUAAGCUCAAAAUCCUCAACACUGGCACAGCAACCUGCAUCUCUCACCUGUACCGAGUCAGUACGCUGGGAGUUGAAGAACCAGCAAGUUCAGACACAGCACUUCCUUACAAGGACAGACCCUUAAAAAGAGAAAUGUGGUUCUAGGGGCAGCCUCUAGGCGAGCCUGUUCCCUUGAGCUGCCAUGAGAUUAUGGACUCCUGGAAGCAGGCUCCUGGUGAGCCUAUGGGGCCACCGCCCAGCACACAGAACCGCCCCUUUGCGGCUCCUUGCUGGGUCCCUGUGUCUCGGGGACAUGGGGACUGAGACUCCCGUUCUGAUAGCGCUCGCCUCCUAAAGGAGGCAAGAGCAGGUGAGAGGCAGGCUCUCCCAGCCGCUUGAAGCCCCAGAGCAGGACCCUGCUCCUUGCUGAGCUGGCCUAGGGGUGGGGGAGACCAGGCCUGACACCCACCUCACACCUUCCUCACCCCUUCCCCUGAGCCCCCGAUUCUCAAGUCCCCUGAUCAGCUGUCUUCUGUCAGAAGCGCAGCACGGGUCAGCAGCUAGGAGCACGCGUCAGCCGUAUUUUCGCUAACCGCCAUAUUUCUGCAUAGACCAUAUGUACGCUAGUUCUCUGAUCACCAUAAAGAAGGAAUUAUGUCAACAGCUGACAGGAUUACAUGCAACUGCUUUUCUUACUACUUUUUGAAUUGGUUCCACCCCACAAAGAGCAUGUGUUUUAUAAUUUUUUUUUUAAAAUACGUGUGCAAAGACAAAGAAGGAUACUGUUCUUUUAGAAAUGGCCAAGGCUCCAUUCCCCACCUGCGCGUUAGUGCCACCCCAGCCCCACACCUCUCCAGCUCUGCUGAGGUUGCUGAUCAGCACACAAUAUUCUUCAGUUCCUACCACCAUAUCAAACAAAACUCCUCCUUUAUCUGGUGCAUUUAUGCUCUGGAAGACAAUCCACUGUCAGGAAUAAUAACUGUGUGGUCGAGUUAAUGCCAGGGAGCAACAGUCUUUAUUUGGUGAACAGGUAACAAAACUUGGUGCAGAGUGGGAGCCUCGUCUUAUUUAAAAACACCCGAAAUUGUGGGUGUGUGUGUGUGUGUGUGUACAGAGGAAAGGUGGAGAACGUACAGACCCCAGUGCUGACAGUGGUUGUCAUUACGCCAUUAUCUGUAAUUACAGUCCAUCUGUUGUGCCUGUAUGUGGUUUUCAAAUUUCUGUGGUAAAUGUUACCUUCAUUGGGAAGUAACUCAUAAUAA